AGCCGGAAUUAUCUUUAACAGAGCGUCGUUAGGCAAAUUCCACCCACCUACCACCUAUGAAUAUGAUCUUUAUUUCAAAUUAGAGCGAAAGAAAAUGUCGUUUCGUUUUAAAAGUGAGAGGGUGGCGACUCUAAAAUUUUCUGUUUGUAUCUCUGUAAGUUAGAGACUUCCUCCCAGCGCAGGCGCACAGGCUUUACCCUUCUACGCAUGCGGAUCCCGGACCGAACCUUACCCGCUCCAGGGAUAAAGGAAUCGCUGGUUCCGGAAGUAGGGUCUCAGCUCCUAUUGGCUGGCGCUGCAGAGGAGCCGGCUCGCAGGGGAGCCAUGGGGGGCUCUAGCCAUUGGCUGAGGUGUAUAAGGAGGCGGGCAAAAGAGGAUAGGGACGCGCGCGCUCAUUGGCUGCCUUAGAAGAGGGAAGUGGCGGAAGUUGGGAAAAGGGAAAAGAUAAGAGCAGCGCCAUGGCAGACGGAGACGACGUGAACGGCCUGAGGAAAGUACUCGUCACUUUUAAGAGCUGCCUCACCGACAAUCAGGAAGUCCUCAUGGAUCCGUACUUGGAAGGCUGGAAAGGGCUUGUGCGGUUUCUGAACACGAUGGGGGCAAUGUUUUCGUUCAUCUCCAAAGACGCCGUGGCCAAAAUCCAGAUUAUGGAGAAUUUCCGCAGCGGUGAGCAGAAAGAGAACUACAUCACCCUCCAGUCCAUGGUGGGGUACGAACUCUCCAACAGCCUAGUGGACUUCACACAGCCAUACAGCCGCCCCACAUCUGGCUGCCGAACGAUCCUCCGCCUCCACCGUGCCUUGCACUGGCUGCAGCUCUUCCUGGAAGGCCUCCGGACGAGCGACGCGGAUUCCCGGACCUCGGUACUGUGCACGGAUUCCUACAACGCCUCCUUGGCCAAUUACCACCCAUGGAUCAUCCGCAAGGCGGCCAGCAUGGCGUUUUACACCUUACCCACCCGGGAUACCUUCCUCAAAAACAUGAAUGUGGGCACCAACGAGGAGGCAGUGGCGAUGCUGGGGGAAGCCCUGCCUCACAUUAGUCAAGUCUACGAAGUGACAGAAAGUCUGUACGCUCAACACAAGCUCCUUGACCUCCCAUAAUGGGGCAUCUUCCUCCUGAGUAGCACAACGGAAGGCAGCCAUACCAUCCAUGCUUCAAACUGUGCAUAUUCUGGAGCUGUGCAAUAUACCUCCCUCCGAUUACAUAGGGAUCCUACCGCAUACGAUCAGUUUCUCCAAUCUGGUUCUCUUCCGAUGUUUUUGAUGUCACUCCUGCCAGCAAAUCAUGGGAUUCGUAGCCUAAAACGUCUUGGAGAGCAUCAGGGUGGGAGAAGUUGGAGGCAGCUCUCAAGCUGCGAACAAGAACCAUCUCUGUUCUAGUUCAACACUGCUCAGAUAAUCUGAACCAAGAAAGGAUGCCUGUCUUGGCUGUGAAACUUCAGGGAGGUCAAGUCUCCAAUGUCUGAAUGGCCACACGUUCGUGGCUUAUAAGACCGUCCUGUCCCCAUCAAGGGGAAUUCCUUGCAUUGCCGAAUUCCUUUGGGGUGGCGCAAAACCCUGAAGUCAAAUCAUUCCCAUUGCCUGGCUUGACUGACCUCUUUGCCCUUCGAACUUAGCUUGGUGGAAUCCAACUUGCCGGUUCCUUUCUUCAAAUCAAAUUAAGCUUUCAAGAGAAAAGGGGAAUCUUUUAACAUUAAGGGUUUCCAACCUUGGGUCCCCAGAUGUUCGUGGACUGCAGCUCCCAGAUUCCUAAGCCGACUCAGCUGGUGACGAAGGCUUCUGGGAGUUGUAGUCGAAGGACAUCCAAAGAUCCAAGGUUAGGAAGCAACGUUCUACCGGAUGGAGGUAUACUUGAUUGAAUCGUAGUGUGAAAAUGGCAACUGGGGAAAUUUGCAGCACAAUCCACACAUCUGGCAGAGCAGGUUUCGCAGGGAUACAACUUCCGCACUGGGGUGUGCCACAGCUGUGCCCAGCCCACAGGAGUUAUCUCAGCCUUCCUGAUUCUAGCCCAGGAGAAAGAUUCGUUCAAGUUGAAUGAAUGGAGAGAUCCAAAUUUGUUAGCAGCUGGUGCUCAGCAGUGCCGGCGAGGUGGAGGAGAGAUCUACUCAAGUGUUAGCUUACAACCGUGAUCAGCAAUCCCCUUCCACCCCUGAAGGAGGGAGUAAAUAAAUAAAUAUAGCACCUCUCUGUUACGGACUGAAAACUGACAAUCAAUCUUGUCUCUGCUGGAUACUCUCUCUCUUUCUGUGCAUGUAUCUAUAAUGUGAAUUAAGCAGCUUAUACCUAAGAAUGAAUGACAAAUCAUAAGGAAACGCUGAUGAUCCCGGAUAUAGUCUGCACUGGGAGGUGAAAAACACUUUGAAAAUUCAAAAAAAAACGUGUAUUGCACAAGAUUUGGGGCCAAAUCUUUGGAAUAAAGACAAUCUGGAUUUUUUUUAAAUCUGUGUUGUUAAAGUAGUACUGUAUUUGAUUUUGUCAUGUUGGACUCUCUGUUCACCCAUCAGGCAGAUCCAUUAUGUACCUACAAGCUGGUUGUGUUCAUUAACCCAGCUUCAAUUAUCAAUAUCUUUAUGCAAAGCUGGGCAGAAGCCACAGAAGUGAGCUCCUGAGAACAUUUGCACGGUUAUCCUGUGGAGUAUAUGCAUGCACUGUGAUUUGCUUGUAUUUUACCUCUUGUGCUUGGACUGAAAUAAAGAUUAUCCGUACUUGACCAUUUCA